AUGGUGCUUACUUGUACAUCUAUACCAAACAUUGCAGGGCUUUAUCUUCGAUGUUUCUGGGAAUUCUGUAUGGAAAUUGCUAUUAAUGCUCAAAACAGCAUCUAUUCCAUCAGAGAAAUGAUAAGUAUUCCUACAAGGAGACUAUUUGGAAAUCAGCAAAUAACAUCAGAAUUCUUAUCUGAAAUAAAAGAUGAAUGGGCUGAUAGACCUCCAUGA